AACGGCCGAAAUAAACUUAAUCUUUAAAUAAACUUGGUCUUGAGGUCAAGACUUGUAAUCUACCUAAGCCCAUCUUCUUCAUCACCAUUAUCUCCAUCUUCAUCUUCAUCUUCAUCUCCAUCUUCAGGUAUCUUUUUAUUUCUCUUUCCUCCUUCUUGUUUUUUUUUCAUUCUCUUUUUUUCAUCUUCAUCCUUGUCUCCUCCUUUUCCACUCUGAUCUCUCCCACAAUCAAUUUACUCUCUUGUAAUAAAUAAAUUGACCAUCUCACCAACACUUAAGGUCACUUUCACGAAUCAUUUCAAACUGAAUGGUUCUAAGAUCCAACUAUUAAUUAACUUUUUACGAUUUAUCAUCAAUAUAAGAAACUGUGUUCAAUUCAAUUUCCAUUGUGAUAAUAAUUUCAUUUUUACUUUUCAAUUUGUUUCAUAUUCUUAGUUAUUGUUUUCUCAUUGUGAUUUAAGUAAUCAAGCUGAUUGUUGUUUAACUUUGUUUUAAUCAUCAUCAUGUUCACCCUUAAUUAUGGUUUAGUGUUUUUACUUUUACAAGUCACUUCGAUUUGGUCGAUUGGUCCAAAGUUUCCCGUUCUUAAUCAACAAUUUCUUGAAAGUGAUUUAGCUGCUUUACGAGGAUUAUUUGCCAAAGAAAAACUUGGCUACAGUUUAAAACGAUCAGCAAUCAGCCAUGGGUCAAGUUUAGUUAAUGGAGCAUCGGGUGCCCUUGGACCCAUUGCCGCUCCGUCCAACCAUCAGCCCUCCAUAGUUGCCAUUCCUUUGUACCUUCGUAAUUCAAACCAGGCAAAGAGUCCAAUGUUUCACGAUAUCAUCCAGGGAGCUGAAAGUUCAGGUAAAGUUCAAAGAGUUCCUAUUGCCGCUGUAGCUCCCGCUGCAUCCGCAUCUUCACCUGCAGCACAAUUUGCUCCAUCAGCUUCUUCAGCUUCUUCUGGAACCAUUGCUACCGCUGCUUCUUCACCUUCAUCAUCCGUUUCAGCAUCUUUACCAUCACCAGUAUCUUCAUCGGUUGGACGACAAAGUGAGGUAACAACUCGAACUGAAGGAAACCGUUACUUGGCUUUACCUUCUCGUACCAAUGCUGCCGUUUAUGCUGCUCCCUCAAAACCAGCCGCAAGCCACCCAUCAUCUUCAGUCUCUUCAACCUCAUAUGGUCGACCCUCCGAAAUUUAUCCCGCCGAAUCAGCAUCAAACGGAGCUUCAUCCGUUCUUGCUCAAGCUGGUUACGCUGCCGCUAGUCCCAAUUCACAUCUCGCCGUAGCCGCUAAUUCAGGUAACUCUGGUUAUGGUUCAAAUAAUAAACACUCUUCAGCCGCUUUAGGUGCUCAAGCUGUUCGAUUUCCUGGUCUUAAACCAUUGGCUAUCGAAGAUCAUCAAAAAGGCGCUUUCCAAGAUUUCACUGGUGCUUUGGAAAAUCACGAAUUUAAAGCUUUAACUAAUCAAGAUGUUUACGAUUUACCAGCUAUUAGUCCAUCAGCUCUAACUGGUGGGGCAGCAGCUAAAAAACAAGAAUCUCGAGCUCCUCAAAGUCAAGCCGGUUAUGGUAACGCCGCUCCCGCUCAGGGAAAUGCCAACUAUGGAGCUAAUGGUAACCAAGGUUAUGGCCAACAAUAUAAUGGACGUCAAGAAACUCCAGUAGCCUCCCAAAGUUAUGGUCAAGCACCAGCUUCGAGCUCAUCUUAUGGAGCUUCAAGUGGUUCGAACUCUGCUCAAUCAUAUGGCGGAUCAUCUUCCGGCCAAUCUUAUGGUGGAUCAACCGGCGGUCAAUCUUAUGGUGCUGCUCCUUCAGCUGGACCAAGUCAAUCUUAUGGAGCUUCAACUGGAGGCCAAUCUUACGGUGCCGCAGCUUCAGCCCCAUCAUCGUAUGGGUCAUCAUCAAGCGCACCCAGUCAAUCAUACGGUGGAUCAAGUCAAUCCUAUGGAAGUGGUUCUAACGCUGGACAAUCAUACGGCGGAUCAAACUCUGCUCAAUCUUAUGGUGGAUCAUCUUCCGGUCAAUCAUAUGGCGGUUCAAGUGGACCAAGCCAAUCUUAUGGAGCUUCAAGCGGCGGCCAAUCUUAUGGCGCUGCAGCAACUGCACCUGCAAGUGGUCCAAGUCAAUCUUAUGGAGCCUCAAACGGAGGUUACGAAAGUUCAUCUGCUCAAGGUUAUGGUGGACAAUCAUCACCAGCCACAGGUUCAUCUUAUGGUCAAGGUUCAUCAUCUGGAUCAAGACAAAACAAUUACGGCGGACAAACUGCAAAUGCACCAAACUCUUACAGCGGUCAAUCAGCUGGUGGUAAUUACGGUACUUCCUCUGGCUAUGGUGGUGCUAAUACUGGUUAUGCUUCAGCUGCCCCUCAAUCUUAUGGCUCAGCUGCAAGCGGAUCAGGUUAUUCUAGUCAAGGUUAUGGUUCAGCAGCCGCCGAUAACAGCGGUGCCUAUGUGGCCAGUGCCGGAGAUUAUGCAACAGCAGCAGCCGCCGCCGCUGCAGUAGAUGCUACAACCUAUGGUAUUGGAGCGACUUCACCAAUUAAUCCCUCUUACUUAUCCUCUUUCCCAAUCGAAACCACCUAUGGAUCAGCAGCAUCAUCGCCAAUUGGUUAUCAUCAACCUCUCGGUGCCUCACCUUAUGCCUCCGCGAUCCCAACUUACGACGAAACACCCCAACCAAGUACCAUCACCGAAACUGAAUAUGGUCCAAGUGGCUCAUCUUCAGUCUCAGCCUACGAACCUCAAGCUUCAUCAUCCUAUGGAUCAUCAUCAUCAUCAUCACCAAUCUCAUCUUAUUCAAAUGUUGCCCCAUACAGUCAAUCUGCUGGUCAAACUUACGUGACCCCUCAGAGUGGCUCUGCUUAUGGCGCUGCUUCCCCGUCGUCAUCGUACAGUCAGAACAGUCUAACAAGUGACAAUAGUUACACUGGAUCAUCUGGCUCAUCAUCGCAACAAUCAAGCUCAUCACCAUCAUCUUCAUCUUCAUCCUCAGGCUUAACUGGUUAUGGUUCUUAUGGUUCAGCUCCAUCGUCUUCUUAUGCUUCACAACAAUCACUUUACUCGUCGAGCUAUGGAAAUCCAACCUCGGCGUCCAGUUCUUAUGGCCAACAACCUCAGCAAACUUAUUCUCAGAACAGUUAUAGCUCAAGCUACUCAAGCCAACCCUCAACCUCACAAUCUUCUGGCUCUUCGUCGUCCGCUUCAAGCUACGGUCAACCUGCUUCUCAAUCAGCUUUGACCUCUUACACUCAGGUCGCUACUCCUGAGCAAACUUAUUCACCUUCAUCAAGUCGAGAUUAUCCCUCACAAUCGGGAGCCGCUCUUCAAUACAAUACAGUUCCUCAGGUAAUCCCAUCAAGUUACACUUCAUCAGGAUCAAGCGAUUCAACUUCUAACUAUGGUCAAUCUCAGGAAACUUCACCAUCAUCAUCAUCGUCCUCUGGUUCAGCUUCUUCAGGUUCUUCAUCCGCUUCACCAGCCUCAUCUUCAUAUGGUAGCGAUGGUUAUUCAUCAUCUGGCGCUUCUUCAUCUGGAUCAGGUCAAAACAGUUAUACCAAUAACUAUUCAGGUGACAGUCAAGUUAAAAUGACCUCAUCAAACUCAGGCUACGAAUCAGACUCAUCAUCUCAAUCAGCCGCUGCUCCAUCAUCAUCUUACCAGCCAUCAUCAAGCUAUUCAUCAGCCAGUGGAAGCUCAAGCUACUCUGCACCUUCAUCACCUUCAUAUCGACCCGUCUACUCACUAACAUCACCUUCUUCCAGCCCAUCUUAUAAACUCGUCCCUCCAACCUCACAGCCCAUCUCGCAACAAACCUCAUCCGCUUACACCGAUUCACAGAUCACUAAUGAAUAUUAUUCAGAUCCCGAGUGCGCUUCCAAAGAUACCUCAUCAAUCUCUCAAGUCCAAUCAAACGGAGCCAACGGUCAGGUCAAAGGUAUCUCAUCAUCAACCUCCUCUGGUACUCUUACUUCACCAGUCCAAUCAUCUGGAAAAUACUCACAAACCUCACAACCAGUGAUGACUUCACUUGUUGGUAAAACAUCAUAUGGAUCAACAUCACCAUCUUCAUCAUCCCAACAAUCAUCAUCCAACAUUCAAUCCUAUGAUCCCGAAGAUUUAGAUCCAUCAAAACUUGACCUUAAGAUCGUCCAUCUUCCGUCAGUGUUUUGAAAAAGUUGGUUGGAAAUGGAGACGGAAUCAAACAAAAUUACCAAUACCAACAACAACAAUCACAACAAUAAUUUAAUCAUGAUAAUAAUUUAAAUAUCGAUUCCCUUUCAUCAGAAAAGAAGACGGAAAGAAUAUAAAAAUUUUGAAAACUCUCGAAGGGCAAACAUCUCAAAAGAAACAAAUAAUUUAAUUUUGUAACAAUUGAAGAAACAAUGACAACAACAAUUAACGAUAACAUUUAUUAUAAUAGAAAUCGAUCUCGACUCCGAUCUCUGCAACUCAAAAGGAAAGCAAAGUUCAAUUGCAAUUUCCAUUAACAAUAAUCAACUUUUUCUUUUGCCAAAAUUGAAUUAACAUCUCAAAGAAAAUUAAGUUUAAAAAUGCAGUUGAAAUGGACAAUCAAAAGACGGACCAAAAUCACAAUAAUGUCAACAUAUUAAUUGGUGCCAAUAUCAUCAAAUAAUCACAAAUAUACAAUCGGAGUCCUUAAAAUCAAUCAAAAUUAACUCCCAUUCUCAUUUAUUGGUCAAUCAUUAUUUUCCCUCCUUUAUUACUAUUUAAUGAAAUCUCACUUUUUUACUCUUGAAAAACAAUUAAAAGUAACAUAUCUUGUUGAAUAUCAAUUAAA